AUGGCCUACAGCCUUCGCAAUGAGAGCUACGAGACUGUCUUUGACCGAACAAGCAUGGUAAUCAAGGACAUAAUGACCAUAUUAAUUAACCGCGCUGGUUCUGAUGGGGCCAUCACCGACCGGCAAAUGACGACCAACAUCAUGCUAAUCACUAUGAAUGAACUCUUCCCUCUUCUUGAGCACAUGAAGUGCCUUGCACAUCUGAUUGGGACAGUCAACCCAUAUGGCAGAAUUUCCCGCACAUUCGGUGUCGAUUACCUAUUAGAGACCUUGAGGAACGUUCGCAUCUGGCUCAUCAGCGGUGAGAUCACUCCUGUUGGUAUAAUGGUGGGCUUGGAGGGCAUUCUUGGCUCCCUUCCUUUUUGA